UUUAAACUGUGUGCUUAACCACGGUUAACUGACAGUAGCAUUGAUUCUCUCGCUCUAUAAAUAUGCCCAUUUAUGCGAGGGCGCAGUAAUGAGGAAGUGAGUUGCUGCUCUGUUUGGUCUGCUUUUAAAAGGACAGAUACAGAAUUUGCAGCUCCAGCGAGUAUACCCAGGUGGAGACUUUGGUCACAGCGUUAUUUCCUUUACCCUUGGAUUGAGUCACAAUGCAUCCUCCAAUUGCUCCUGUUCCUGAAAUUGCUGUUGAUUUUACUAAUGAGGAGCUCUUUAUCUCUUUGGAGAAAAUGAUGGGUGGAUAUCCUCCUCCAGCCAACGUGAUUACUGAUGUCAAUCCAUACAACUAUGCACCAUCAAAUUUACCAGCUGGAAUUUGGUACUUGAUUCGCUCCAAGGAGAAGGGGGCUAUGGAAGUUGGAUCCUGGAAGGUCAAAGGGGAAGCCUGUAAACUAUUUUGGAACUCUUCCAUCACUGGUUGGAGGACCACCCUUGAAUAUUUUGAGGGCCAAGUGCCUCAUGAGCGUAAAACUGAUUGGGUGAUGCAAGAGUACUGGAUAAUGGGGCCAGUUGAAAACAGCAAGGUGAAGGAAGCCAGUUCACUAUGCAGAGUCUUUCUUAGUGGUGAACAAGGUCCAGAUCAUAAAAAGCAGCAGAAAAAGUCUAGCCUCCAUAUUGCAUGUGAAAUCCUCAUUCACUCAACACAGGCAACUGUUAAAAAGGCUCAUGUUGAUGCUAGCAGUGGUUCCACAAGCAGACCUGAGGUGGAUGGACAUGCUGAAACAGGAAAUUUGGCUGUGGCAGGAGAACCUCCAUUUAAUCUAGUAGAAAACCCACCAGAAAUUGACUAUAUUUCCAGAGGUGACUUCUUGGAACUGCUGGAUCUUGAUAAUCCAGCAUCAUCUUCUUCAAGUUCAGAUGAUUCAAGUUGCUUGACCUCAUCAUCAGAUGAAUGUUUUGACUCGUUGGCUUUGCUGCAACAACUAGAUUCUGAAAUUAACCAACACUCCCUACAGAAGAAUGAAAGUUGUAAGCUCAGCGUCUCUGCAUCUUGCAGACCAAAUGAGGUGGUUAUGGCUCCAGCAUCUCCAGCAGGAUCUUUUGUUAGAGUUGAAGAAAACAAGCCACCUACUGAAGAAAUUCUUGGAACUAAUCCAUCACUUCUACCCAUUUUGGCUAAUGGCUCUAAAGAUCUAGACAACAGAGUUUUACAGCAUGCAGUCAGAAGCCACAAUGCAGGUUACAUGGAUGAAGGUCCGUCAAAUUCUCAUGAUGUAGGUGCAUCUUCCAGUCGCUUGGGUCCAUCUCGAGAUGGAGAAAGGAAGGUUGCUAAGGUCAGGACGAAGAAACAUAAGAAGUAUCUAUGCUUCCUCUUCUAAUUUGACGCCUAUAGCUUCAUAAUCAUAGCUUGUGUAUGUUAAGUAAAUAGUAUUAUUAUCAACUGGGUCUAUUUUAUUUUGUGUUUACUUUAGUAUAUCGCAAUAGUAACUAGGUCAGGGACAGAAGACUUUAUAUGGGGAAAUUAUCAUAGUUUACUUUCUGUUCAGCUGACUAGUGAAUUUCAGACAGGACACAGCACAUAGAUAUAGGUAUUGUUUGAUGGAAACAACUAUAGCAUUCUGAUAUUAAAGAAUGAGGUAGGAAAUUGAUUACUUUGUUAUUUGUAAGGAUAAAUGCAUACUGUGCAUUCUUGUAAGCUCUGUUCACUUAUUGAUUUCUAUCUUUCUAUCCAAA